UUGACUUCCAUUUUAAUCCCAAAAAAUUGAUUAAUAAUACCUGAAAAGGGUUUAUUAUUAUUUUUAGGGUUCCUAAUUGAAAGAUCUUUUUUUUCAAUUCAUCAUCAACAAGAUUUGGUUAAGAUUUGCUUAUACUUAUAUAUAAGUUUGGACAAGUAGAAAUGGCAUCGAAAUCGAGACCUAGAACAAUAAGUGUGUAUCUUUACAUACCUAAUAUCAUUGGUUACAUAAGGGUUUUGAUGAAUGUUUUUGCCUUUGCGAUUUGCUUUACUAAUAAAGAGCUUUUCUCAAUUCUCUAUUUCAUCAGCUUUGUUUGUGAUGCCUUGGAUGGUUGGUUUGCUCGAAAAUUUAAUCAAGUUUCAACCUUUGGAGCUGUUCUGGAUAUGGUCACAGAUAGGAUUAGCACUGCAUGCCUUCUGGUAAUUCUAUCUCAAGUCUACAGACCUAGCUUUGUUUUCCUGUCGUUGCUUGCCUUGGAUAUUGCAAGCCAUUGGUUGCAAAUGUACAGUACUUUCUUGGUUGGCAAAUCUAAUCAUAAAGAUGUGAAAGACAGCACCAGUUGGCUGUUUAAGUUGUACUACGGAAACAGGAUGUUUAUGGGAUACUGCUGCAUAGCUUGUGAGGUUCUCUACAUAACUUUGUUUCUUCUAGCCAAGGAGUCGGAUAAUAUAGCUGAUGUUUUGCUUGGUGCUGCACAACAAAGUAUAAUAUACUCUGUGUUACUUGCUUUGCUUAUCUUUGGAUGGGCAACCAAACAAUUAGUCAAUAUUAUACAGAUGAAGACAGCAGCAGAUUUAUGUGUGCUAUAUGACCUCAACAAAAAGCACAAUGCCUAGUUAUUAAAGCAGGUGAUGGACGUUGAUUCUCAAUGUGGUAUCUGUGACUUAUACACGAGCUGUUUGAUUCGAGGACCUUAUAUAUCUCUUUCUUAGAAGCUGUAAUGAUCAAAAUGGCACACUUGUUCUAUUCGAAGAUACUGAUUGCAGAAGAAAAUCUUAAAAGAAGCUUUGUGUAUACUGUAGUGCAUAACCCUCAAUUUUCAAACUGGUCCUGUUUCAUUUACAUUAGGGGAUUUCGGGUGGAUCAAAAUUCGAUUAAUUCGUGGUAAUCCCAUUUAUUUUCUAACGGGCACAUCAUUUCGUGGAUCUUGUAAUGAUGUAGUGUCUUGCAUCUUUUGAUGGUUGAAAUGUAUUUCUUUGAUGUUUGAUAAUCAAGUUUUAGAUACAAAGGGUCAAUUUUUAUUAAA